AAAUUGAUAAUACACAAAGAAAGAAUCUAACUUUAAAAAAAGACCCAUCUUGGAUAAAGAUCGGAAUCUGGGCUUCGUUUUAAGAGUGAGAAAGAUAAAAGUUCNUAAAAAAAAAAAAAAAGAAAAAAAAGAUGGUGAAGAAAAUGGUUUACAAUUGGAAAUCUUGGUGGAGGUCUGUUCAGAAGAACAAUUACUUGGUUCUCAAGUUGGGGGUCUCAGUUCUCUUAGUAGCCCUUGCUUUUAGGCUUCUCUACAGUGACAGAUCCUCUGAUAUUUCUCCAAUUUCGAAGGCCCCUUUCCUUGACAGAACUCAGAUUUCAACAUCCCCAGUUGUUUCUGGCGAGACUCAAGAAAUUACAGAUCACAACACGAUUCAAGAGUAUGACAUGGAGUCCCUAGACAGUGAAGGAAAAUGUAACCUUUUUAUUGGGGAUUGGGUUCCGUAUAAAGGAGAGCCCCUAUACACAAAUAGCAGCUGCAGCUUAAUUGAAGACCACCAGAAUUGUAUGAAAAAUGGCCGACCGGACAAAGAUUAUCUUUACUGGAGGUGGAAGCCCCAUGGAUGUGAGUUGGCCAGAGUCGAUCCCAGGAAGUUUCUAGAGCUAAUGAGGAAUAAAAGUUGGGCAUUCAUUGGGGACUCCAUUUCGCGGAAUCAUGUCCAGUCGUUUCUUUGUGUUCUCUCUACUGUCGAGAAUCCCACCGAAGUGUACCACGAUGAGAACUACAAGUCCCGAAGAUGGGUCUUCCCUUCCCACAACCUUACAGUCUCAGUCUUGUGGUCCCCAUUCCUCGCCAAGGCCGCCAUUUUUGAGGACAUAAACGGCGUCUCGACUUCCGAAAUCGAGCUUCACCUCGACACCCUGGACGACAGCUGGACCCAACAAUACCCCACGUUCGACCACAUAAUAUUCUCGGGCGGCAAGUGGUUCACCAAAGGCACGAUCUACUACGAGAACAACCUCGUGCUCGGCUGCCACCACUGCCCCAAACGGAACCUCACCGAGCUCGGCUUCAACUUCGCCUACCGAAAAGUCAUCCGCAAUGUGUUUGACCACGUCAUCAGGUCAAAUCACAAAAGCGCGGUGGUUUUUUAUCGAACCUCGACUCCCGACCACUUUGAAGGCGGAGAGUGGUUCAGUGGCGGGGCCUGCAAGAGGCUGUGGCCGGCCAAGAAGGGCGAGUUUGAGUUGAAGGAGCUUAAUAGGAUUUUACGUGACGUGGAGCUUGAGGAAUUCGGGAAGGCACGUGUUAGGGCAAAGGAUGAAGGGGUGAGUUUGCGGCUGCUGGAUGUGGGCCCGCUGUCGUUGCUGAGGCCCGAUGGGCAUCCGGGCCCGUUUAGAUUUUUCCAGCCGUUUGCGGGGGGUCGGGAGGAGGAGAAGGUGAUUAACGACUGCCUGCACUGGUGUCUGCCGGGGCCAAUAGAUACGUGGAAUGAUAUGUUGAUGGAAAUGGUUGUGAAUGGCUGAGGACAUUGGCCCGUAUUAGAGCCCGUUUGAAUUAUUUGGGUCUGACCUGUGUGGCCCAUUUGGGUAUGUUGGGGGUGAUUUGUUGAUUUGAGGCUUUCAGACAUGUUAGGGUGUGGGAGUUUUUUGUUAUUGACAUUUGAGAUUCAGAGGGUUGGGUGUCUGCGUUGAGGGAGGAGGAUCAUUUAAAUGUAAUUGUGUAGUAAGAUUUCAGAUUUUACUGUCUUCGCACUUUCUGUUCUUCUAUGUAUGCCCUUGAUUGAUGUUAAUUCAGUUAUACUGAUGGAAAUGCAUACAACUGUGACUUCUAUCUAUCAUUUUUUCAAUUAGUGAUGCCAUAAGACGGAAGGUCUAUCUCAUAUUUAUCUCCAUUCUUGAUCAAAG